UCUUCCUCGCCACCCCUACCCUGGCUUCUCUCUCUCUCUCCCAGUCACAAAACUUCCCGCGUCCGGUUCCUCAAGCCUCGCCUCCUUCCUCCCAGUUCCGACUUCAGACCGGAACUGGAAGUGUGGUGGGCGGGGCCCGCCGACGGAAAGCGCUGAGGAGCCGAAGCCGGGACUCGGCUGUGGCCCCGGUCGGUCCCGCGCCACGGAGCGCCCGGCGGCGGCGCGGCGCGGCUCGGGGCUGAAGGGCGGCGCGCGGGCGGGUGGGCGGGCGCGGCCCCCCGGGCGCCGCGGGGGAUCAUGUCGACAGCCUCCGCCGCCUCGUCCUCCUCCUCGUCUUCUGCCAGUGAGAUGAUCGAAGCGCCCUCGCAGGUCCUCAACUUCGAAGAGAUCGACUACAAGGAGAUCGAGGUGGAAGAGGUUGUCGGAAGAGGAGCCUUUGGAGUAGUUUGCAAAGCUAAGUGGAGAGCAAAAGAUGUUGCUAUUAAACAGAUAGAAAGUGAAUCCGAGAGGAAGGCUUUCAUUGUGGAGCUCCGGCAGUUAUCACGUGUGAACCAUCCUAAUAUUGUAAAGUUGUAUGGAGCCUGCUUGAAUCCAGUGUGUCUUGUGAUGGAAUAUGCUGAAGGAGGCUCUUUGUACAACGUGCUGCAUGGUGCUGAACCAUUGCCUUACUACACUGCUGCCCAUGCCAUGAGUUGGUGUUUACAGUGUUCCCAAGGAGUGGCUUAUCUGCACAGCAUGCAGCCCAAAGCACUAAUUCACAGGGACCUCAAGCCUCCAAACUUGCUGCUGGUUGCAGGAGGGACAGUUCUGAAAAUCUGCGAUUUUGGUACAGCUUGUGACAUCCAGACGCACAUGACCAAUAAUAAAGGGAGUGCUGCUUGGAUGGCACCUGAAGUUUUUGAAGGUAGCAAUUACAGUGAAAAGUGUGAUGUCUUCAGCUGGGGUAUUAUUCUUUGGGAAGUGAUAACACGCCGGAAACCCUUUGAUGAGAUUGGUGGCCCAGCUUUCCGAAUCAUGUGGGCUGUUCAUAACGGUACUCGACCCCCACUGAUCAAAAAUUUACCUAAGCCCAUUGAGAGUUUGAUGACCCGCUGUUGGUCUAAGGACCCUUCUCAGCGCCCUUCAAUGGAGGAAAUUGUGAAAAUAAUGACUCACUUGAUGCGGUACUUUCCAGGAGCGGACGAGCCGUUACAGUAUCCUUGUCAGUACUCUGAUGAAGGGCAGAGCAACUCAGCCACCAGCACAGGCUCAUUCAUGGACAUCGCUUCUACAAAUACCAGUAAUAAAAGUGACACUAAUAUGGAACAAGUCCCUGCCACAAAUGAUACUAUUAAACGCUUAGAGUCAAAACUGUUGAAAAACCAGGCAAAGCAACAGAGUGAAUCCGGACGGCUGAGCUUGGGAGCAUCUCGUGGAAGCAGUGUGGAGAGCUUGCCCCCGACUUCUGAGGGCAAGAGGAUGAGUGCUGACAUGUCUGAGAUAGAAGCUAGGAUCAUUGCGACUGCAGCCUAUUCCAAGCCUAAACGGGGCCACCGUAAAACCGCUUCAUUUGGCAACAUUCUGGAUGUCCCUGAGAUCGUCAUAUCAGGCAACGGGCAACCAAGGCGUAGAUCCAUCCAAGACUUGACUGUUACUGGGACAGAACCUGGUCAGGUGAGCAGUAGGUCGUCCAGUCCUAGUGUCAGAAUGAUCACUACCUCAGGACCAACCUCAGAGAAGCCAGCUCGCAGUCAUCCAUGGACCCCCGAUGACUCCACAGAUACCAAUGGCUCAGAUAACUCCAUCCCAAUGGCGUAUCUUACACUGGAUCACCAGCUACAGCCUCUAGCACCAUGCCCAAAUUCCAAAGAGUCCAUGGCAGUGUUUGAACAGCAUUGUAAGAUGGCACAGGAGUAUAUGAAAGUCCAGACUGAAAUCGCAUUGUUACUACAGAGAAAGCAAGAACUAGUUGCAGAAUUGGACCAGGAUGAAAAGGACCAGCAAAAUACAUCUCGUCUGGUACAGGAACAUAAAAAGCUUUUAGAUGAAAACAAAAGCCUUUCUACUUAUUACCAGCAAUGCAAAAAACAACUAGAGGUCAUCAGAAGCCAACAGCAGAAACGACAAGGCACUUCAUGACUCUCUGGGACCGUUACAUUUUAAAAUAUGCAAAGACCUUUUUUUAAGAAAAGACAAACCAUUAUGACAGUUCAUGAGUGUUAGCUUUUUGGCGUGUUCUGAAUGCCAAAUGCCUAUAUUUGCUGCAUUUGUAUGUCAUUUAUUUUCUUCUUAUGGUGGAUAUACAGUCCACUGUCUUGUUGCAUAAGAUGAUAAGCACCUGUGACUUGGAAAGGCAAGAGUUCUCAAUUUCAGAGCACAUGCAGUAAACUUGGCUGUAUAUGCAUGCUCCUGGUGUGAGCUAGCUGACAGGUGGGGUAUCACACUAGCUACUGUGUGCAAGCAUCAUCCUUUUCUCUGUAGUAAAAGGUGGAACCUCAAGGAUGUUCUUCUUAGAGCUCAUCUCAAAAGUCUGCUAUUUUCCAAAAGCCGGUGUGCACCAAUGUAAAGACAGGGUAUUAUAAAUAACUGGUGGUACAUUACGGAAGUACAGAACGUUUAAACUGAGUUCAAAGACAGGGUUUUGUGCCAACACAUCCUGAAGCAAUAUUAAACAUAGUUCCAUCUGUUAAUAUUAAAGGUAAGUGGUGGCAGCUGUGUUUAAUGAAAGCAAGUUUAGUGAUUUUCUUUAGGCUGAACAUCGUUUAUGAGAUACUGAAUGUGUGCUCUUUUGUAUGCCCUAAGGAUUUUCAGUUCUGUGUAGAAACGGAAGCUUUUCUGACUUUUAAUAUUAGUGUCAAAUGAAAUUGAAAGAACAUGGUCUAGCUUAACUGAUCCUUACAACAAUUAUUGAAUCGUGUUAUGGUAUAUUUGAAGAAAAUUGAAAAAUAAUGGAAACGUAAAUGAUUGGCCCAGCCAAAAAGGCAUGUCUGCUUAUGAUAGCAAAUAAGCAGACAAAUCAGGAGACCUGAGUAAGGAAGAUGAAGUGAAAACCCACUUUCCAUAGAUAUUGGGAGGAUUGAUUUCUCUGAAGUCCGAUCUGGAAUGACUGCUACCUUCCCAUGCUUUUAAGAGAAUUUCAGCACUUACAAAGAAAAUAUUUAUAUUGUUAACAUUAAGUUUACUACCAACCUUCAAAAUAACUUAAAGGUAAAUAAUAAAAUGCCAUUGAAAAAAAAAUUCCCUAAGCUCUAUUUUUUCAGUCCAUGUUACUACAUUUUGAUACCAGUAUGAGAAUGUCUUUUAACUAAGGCUGCCAUCAGUCUUGCUUUUAUAGUGUUCAUGUUUUUAAAGAGAACACUUUGGAACUGAAAGCAUGAUUGCUGUGGUCCUUAGACAUCUAUCAUGUUCCUGCUCUGUUUCAGAGGAGCACAAGAAGCUAUCAAAAUUGUUCUUUAAAAUGCUGAAGCAGGUAACUUUUCUUCCAUUAUUUUUUCCUCUCUGAGUUUUACAAUGAAUCCCUUCUGUAUACAAAUAAAGGUAUAGGGCAAUUUAUAGUAACAUGUGCCUUCCUCCUGGGAGCUAAGUGUCUUCUUUCACUUAAAUAAAGGUUAUCGUUCCCAAAUUCUAUCAGGUAAAAUUAAUUUAAGCCCAGCAUUAAUAGUUGAAAUAAAAAUGACAGAGAAAAUAAGAUAACUGUAGACUGAGAUGCCAAAGACCAGAAUCUCCCUGACAUUGCUGCCUAUGUGUAUAUCUGAUACUGCACCCCAGGGGUGUGGUCUCUUUUAGGCAGCAUGUCAAAAGUAUCUCGAAAUAUGAGUGCUGAGUUUGACUUUCCAUUAGAUUUCAUGUUACAUGGUUAUAGUCUCAGUUCUAACCAGAAAUUUAUUUUGCAAGGUCAUCCUAGAGCUAAAAGGAUAUUUUAUCAGCAGUCACUUGAUAAAAGUAUCCAAACAGGUAAUGGAAGAAAAUACUAAAUUUACUCAUGGUACCAAUGGCAGAAGACUGUUAAGCAGUUGCUUGUGGUCAGUUCCUUGUGGCUUCCAAUACUGUAGUGGUCCUGGACAGCCUUAAGUAAAUGCAUUGCAACACUCAGAUUUUUUUUUUAAAGUUCCCGCUAUCCCCGAAGAUUAAAACGACAACAUACAUACUUGAAUCCAUACCAGGUUACUCGAUGUCUCCACCCAUAAAACCGUUCAAUACCCAAGGUACCAAGGAACCGGAUGUGUUGUUAGUUCCUGUUCUACAGUUUAUUCAAGCCUAACUUUCUGGAUGGAAAUACCAGAUAGGCAGACAGGUUUGCCAAGUGAAGGCCAAGAAUCCCAGUCCCUGCACAGAAACUACUUGCAUUUUGUUUUUUCCAGGAAAGGAAACAAAGUUUGUAUAAUGUGGAGAGAAAUCCCCCUCAGCGGUGAAAUUGUGUUCCCGGAUUGAAUAAAAUUCAGUUAAGAAUGUUACCCUACAUACUGAAAAGCUCUGCUUAAAGUUAUUUACAAAUAGUCGACUACUUUUUGCUGAAGUAUUUUUUAAAGUAGCAAAAGUCUUUUUCCUUCAAUUUCUGUCAUGCUCCUAGUUCCAUCUCCUACAGCCAGAGAUUACAGGGAGGCUUGUUUCCUCAGUGUGUGUGUGUGUGUGUGUGUGUGUGUGCGCGCGCGCGCGCGCGCGCGCGGUCUCUCUCUAUCUUCCACACCUGACUCCUCUCUUCACAUAGUAAGUUUUACUCCUGUUAUUCAGAAAUUUCUUGUAAAAUGAUGUGAUGUAGAAACUCUUGUGCAUAUUAUGUAACUAAAGGAGGCUUUUUCAAUUUAUUUUUGUUUCUAAUAAAAUUCAGAUUGUUAUCUCA